UACGACCGAUCCACAAAUGUCAACACCAAACCACAAAGUGGCCCUUAUAACCGGGGGAUCGUCCAACCUCGGCAUUUCGUUGGCCAAAAGACUCAUAGACAACCUUUCCCGCCACCAGAAGUUGUCCAUAAUCAUCACUUCUCGUACCUUACCCAAGGCCAUAGAAACCAUAGACAACAUCAAUGCAUUUGCAAAACAACACCAGAAAUCCACCCAAUUGGAAUUCGACUACAUCCUCGUCGACUUUGGAGACAUGGUAUCGGUGUUGUCGGCAUACUAUGACUUGAACAAGAAGUACCCGCAUAUUGACUAUGCUUUCAUGAACUCAGUUCAAACCUGCUAUGCGGGUAUCGACUGGGUAUAUGCAAUUAAAGACGUAUUAAAGAGCCCCGUCAACGCCGUCACCGAGGCCCACAUGAAGAUUCAGAAGAAGGGAUUGAAGUCCCAUGACGGCAUGGGGUUAAUGUUCCAAGGAAAUGUGUUUGGACCUUACUAUUUGCUUCAUAAGAUCAAACCGCUCAUGACAGGAGGAAAGAUUGUUUGGGUCAGUUCCAGCAGCUCUGGUGCCCAGUACAUAUCUUUCAAUGACUUGCAAAUGCUUGAAAACCCUUAUCCAUACGAAGGGUCGAAGAGAUUAAUUGAUUUAGUCCAUUCGGGAACCUAUAAAUCUUUAAAGUCCAAAGACAAUAUUAGUCUGUACGUGGUGAACCCAGGAAUCUUCACCAGUUUUGGGUUCUUCCAGUACUUGAACUUUGUCACAUUCUACGGGAUGCUUGGGUUGUUCUAUUUGGCGAGGUUUUUAGGCUCCACCAUCCACAACAUCUCAGGAUAUACGGCUGCGAAUUCGUUAAUAAGUUGUGCAUUGAAAGACGAUGAAAGGCAGGACAAGAAGGUGGUUUCUUCAACGAAUAUCAGCGGCAAGGAGUACAUUGACUACGUGGAAAUUGAUGGUACCGGGGCAGAGGACGUGGUGGCAUAUCUCGAAACUCUCUGUAAAGAGUGGGACGAAAAGUUUAAGAACCAGAUAGUUGAUACGAGAGUGCCUUAAUUAUCCAAGCUCCUAGUUAUUUGGCGUCAUUAUUCAUGCUGAUAUGUAUCUAUAAUUAUGUAGUUUAAUGAGUCCUUAACGUUUUUUCUAUAUCCGGUAGUUCAAACACUUACAUCCACAUGCACUUGGACACUCCUGUUCUUCGUUUUCCGACCACCACUCCAAAGCACAACUAGAGUGCAAAACAUGUUCACAGUUGGUGCACACUACAAGCCUCUUACUUACCAAAAGGUUGCAUAAGUUGCAAUACUUCAAUUGGUUGGCUUUAUUCAAAUUCCAUGGAUUUUCCUUUGAUGAGUCGAUUGUCGAGUUCAGAUGCACAUAUGGAACACCCGUCAAGGUUUUGGCUUUCUCUCGGAAUCCAAACGAACACCGGUGCUCUUCAAACUUGGAAUUAGCCUUUUCUGGAUUCGGAUAGUUGAAUUUCAAAAUCUUGAUUCUAUUCGCAGGUAAGCCCCAACAGUAUAACAUCUCAGCGUAUUGUUCCCUAUACAUCUUGAUCUUUUUGUCUUCCUGCAAACUCAACAAGGAUUUGGUGUAGAGGUCAUCGAAGAGGUCAAGACUGUCGACGUUUUGGAACUCGAUGUUCACCACUGGUGGAGGCCUCGCUGAACCCUUUCUGCUGAUUUUUCUGUUGUUGACGUUCAGGGCAAUUCCUUUAGGUUU